UCUUAGGGUAGUUAUUCGAUCCCCAAGCACGUGAAUUUGUCUUUAUGCUGAGUUGUUGCUGUUGAACGAUGCCUGCCGCCCCUACAAAACAAGAGUCCAAGACCUCUCCGGAGGCUAUGGAUCCGAUGAAGCAAGUCUUGAUUGUUAUGGAUAAGAAAGUCCGUAAUUUGGAAAAGAGAAAGGGUAAGCUUGAUGGCUACAAGGAGAAAAAGGAUUCUGGAACUACUCUGGAGAAAGACCAGCAGCUUGCAAUAGAGAAGUAUGGUGAAGUGAUUCAGAACCUGGAAUUUGCAAGGGAACUGCAAAAGCAUUUUACAGCUCUUGCUCAGGAGGCUGAUCGCUAUGUCAAGAAGCAAGCCAAGAAAGAGAAAGCUGAUCGACAGGGAAUGGAGGUGAAGCGGAUUGGAGAUAUUUUGAGAUAUCAGAAUCUUCUUGAUGCCAUGGGGUCUGAAAAAGUCAGGAGUGAUUUUCAGACAGGAAAGCAUGGUGCAGUAGUGUUGACAGAGGAGAAUCUGAAGCAGUUGGAUGAUCUGUACAAGCUGUUGAGUCCGAGUAGAGAGGGCGAGUCCAACUAUGCUGAGGAGCUGACCAAGGCAUCGGAACACUUUGCCAGUCUCCUUGACGGGAAGGACAAGCCAGUGGUAGGAACCACCUACAAGGACCUGAAGGUACUGAUUGACCUGAUCGACGACUGCGGAUACUUCGAACACGCUAUGCAAGAGGAGGAAGGACAUGAGAGCGAGUUUGUUGUCGUCAGCACUACAGAAAUUCCGGAGGCAGACUCUGCAGAGGUGCAGGCAUCUUUACCACCGGAACAAACAGAACAAUCCACUGAACAAAGCAGCACAGCAACACCCAGCAACAAUGAGGCACAGAUGGAGAGCAUGAGAGAAGCAGAUUCUUUUUUUUCCCAAAAGUCAGCGGCACCACCACAGGCAAACCCCCCUCUUCAGCAACAGCAACAAAGUAAUGUACCCUAUACCCGCCAACGCCCGUUUCAAGAAAUCGUGUCGGAGGUUCAAGGAAGCUGCAUCUUCCUUCAAGAAUCUACUAUCGACAUGGAAUCCCCCCACAUGGACCCAGCAGUUGUCGCAGUGACCUCUCACCCCAUGGGACACCCCACCUCCACCCCCCAAUCCGAUCCCACCCAGAUCUCUUCACAGACUUACACCAAUCAAGGUUUUCCUGUCGCCAGCCAACAGAAACUGUCCCAGCAAGCAGUGGACUAUUCACAAACAUUUUCUCAGUCAUUACAAAGUGAUUCACUAUUUCAAUCCACAGACAAUGGCAGUUCUCAAAUGUCUCAGAAUGUGUUAAAUCAAAAUGUGAGUGACAGCACGAUAUCUCAGUUUGAAAUGCCUCCACAGAUUCCCAUGCCCCCAGGCCAGGUAAGGAACGUGUGGAUGACCAAGCAGGAGGAAAGGGCUCGAGAUGUUCAAGCAGAGAAAUUUCAGAUGAAUCCAAAUGCCGAGAUGUUUCAGUCCAAAAUGCAUUCAUCCUACUCUGUGUCUGACGACGGACAGAAUGCAGACGGUUUCUCACAGGGACCACACGAUGACCAUCAGGGAGACUACGGAAAUGGGUACAGCUCAGGCUACAGAUCACGAGGUGGAGGCUAUCGAGGUGGGCGAGGAAAUCGUGGCGGUGAUAGAGGAGGAAUGUCUAACGGAUUCGGAGGUAGAGGCCGAGGCAGUUACGGAGGAAACAGAGGAGGAUAUCAGGGCUACAACAAUCGUGAUAACUACAGGGGAGACAACUACAACUCCUACAACAAUGGCUACCAGAAACGAGGGGGUGGAGGCCAGCCCAGAGGAGGCUCAAGGGGAGCAGGACGUGGUGGUCCAAGAGGAGGAGGGUUCAACAACAAGAGUGCUGGUGGUGUCCGUGGGGGAAAUUCUGGAGGAUUCGGAAAACCCCAACCUCACCAGCAGGCAGCAUAAAGACAAUAGACCGAAAGAAGUGCUUGAACAAUUGUCAGAGCUCUUAAAAAGUUUUAUAAUUUGUGGAUAAUUUAAGUUUUAUUUUACAGCUUCUUUUUUUUUUUGAGUUUUUUUGGCAUUUUCUUA